GUAGGUUUAGGCAAAUAGUAAGGAAACCCUCCUCAAUCAAGGAAGCAGAAGCCCCCGAGAGUCUAGUGAGAUAUGGCGAACGCAGAUGUGGAAGCAUUGGACUUCGAGCCAGAGGAUGACGACCUUAUGGACGAGGAAGGCACCGUCGAUAUCGACUCAACCUCCCUUCCCAAGAUCAAAUCCGCCAUCACAGGUGGUUCUUCCUACACCUCCUCCGCUCCUAAGAAGACUAAAGGCCGUGGCUUUCGCCAGGAACCUGAGGAAGAUCGCAAUACUCGCUUGUCUGGUCGUUUUGACUCCCUUGAUUCUGAAGAAGGCGGCCCUGGUCCUGAACGAUCUAUUGAAGGAUGGAUUAUUCUUGUCACUGGCGUUCAUGAAGAGGCACAGGAGGACGAUCUACAAAAUGCAUUUGGUGAAUUUGGGCAAAUGAAGAAUCUACAUUUGAACCUUGAUCGCCGAACUGGUUUUGUCAAGGGGUAUGCAUUGAUUGAGUAUGAAAACCGUGAAGAAGCUCAAGCAGCCAUUAAUGAUAUGAAUGGGAAAGAACUACUGACUCAUACCAUUAAUGUUGAUUGGGCAUUUAGCAGGGGGGCGUUUAGGAAAAGGAAUGCGAGGAAGAGGUCACCUCGCAGGCACCGUUCAAGAAGCCCUAGAAACAGAUUCUAGUAAUCCGUUAUUUUCGAAGAUGAUUAGGUUAUGCUGCUGGUUUAUUCUUUGCAAUGCUACAAUUCAUCCAGACUACCUUGUUUACUAACUUGAAUUUGGAUUUGAACUUGGAAUUUGAACACAUUGUAUUUUCUCCCAAUCUUGUGAGAAUUGUGGAUCCAGCUAGUUUUAUGGUUGGGGGUUUUAGGGCUUGUUUUUUC